UCUUCCUCCUCCUCACUCAAUCGGAUGAUGGCGUCCGCUAGUACAGGAGGCAGGGUGUCCUGCGGGAGAGAUUUGAAUUGUGUACCGGAGGUUGCUGAUACUCUUGCUGCGGUCGCUAAACUAGGGUUUGACUUCCUGUGCAUGCCCCUGUUCCAUCCGAGGUUCAGGAGAGAAUUUGAGUUGGACCCCGCCAAAGUGCGAAAUGGAGCCCAGACACGUUCAGACCUGCUGCUGUGUGGGAGAGAUUGGAACACUCUUAUUGUGGGGAAGCUAUCCCCAUGGAUCGAGACAGACUCCGAGAUUGAAACCGAGCGCAGGAACUCCGAAGCGGCUCUGGUCCAGGAGCUAAACUUCUCUGCUUAUUUGGGUCUGCCAGCCUUCAUGGUCCCUCUGAAAGGGCCUCACUGUGCCAACCUGGCACGUGUGCUGCUCAAUCACAUCCAGACUGGUCACCACUCCUGCAUGUUUUGGAUCCGGGUCCCGCUGAUGGCAUCUGAAAACUUGAGGGAAGAUGUCAUAGAGAAUGAGCCUACCAAAAAUAUGGAUGAUGGGAGUGAUGACGAGAAGACCUGGGGCUGGUGGCAUUCAUUCAGGACUCUGUGUGACUACAACAAGAGAGUAUGCUUGGCCAUUGAAGUUGGGGAAGACAUGCCCUCUGACUCAGUGAUAGACAAGUGGCUUGGAGAGCCUAUCAAAGCUGCCAUUCUACCUACCAGCAUCUUCCUGACCAAUAAGAAAGGAUUUCCGGUCCUAUCAAAAGCGCAUCAGAGAAUUAUCUUCCGUCUAUUCAAGCUGGAAGCCCAGUUCAUCUUCACAGGAACCAGUCGCCACAGUGAGAAAGACUUUCGCUCCUACUUGCAGUACCUCGAAUAUCUCAACCAGAACAGACCGACCCCCAACUCCUACGAGAUGUUUGCCAAGGGUUACGAGGAUUACCUCCAAUCUCCCCUUCAGCCCCUCAUGGACAAUUUGGAGUCCCAGACAUAUGAAGUGUUUGAGAAGGAUCCUAUCAAAUACUCCCAGUAUCAGCAGGCUGUGUAUAAGUGUCUUCUAGACAGAGUCCCAGAAGAGCAAAAAGACACCAAUGUCCAGGUGUUGAUGGUUCUAGGUGCUGGGAGAGGUCCCUUAGUCAAUGCCUCUCUGCGUGCUGCUAAACAGGCUGACAGGAAGCUGCGUGUGUAUGCCGUGGAGAAGAACCCCAACGCGGUAGUCACACUUGAGAACUGGCGGUUCGAGGAGUGGGGCGAUCAGGUGACCGUGGUGUCAUGCGACAUGCGUGAAUGGGUGGCACCGGAAAAAGCAGACAUCAUUGUGAGCGAGCUGCUCGGGUCAUUCGGUGACAACGAGCUGUCCCCCGAGUGCCUGGACGGAGCUCAGCACUUUCUCAAAGAGAACGGGGUGAGCAUCCCCUGUUCCUACACCUCCUUCCUGGCACCCCUCUCCUCCUCCAAGCUGUAUAACGAGGUGCGUGGAUGCCGAGAGCGGGACAAGGACCCAGAGUGCCACUUUGAGACACCUUAUGUCGUUAGGCUGCACAACUUCCACCAACUGGCAGAGCCAAAGGCUUGCUUCACUUUUAAGCACCCCACUAAAGAUAUGAACAACAAUCGAUAUCAGUGCCUCAGAUUCUCAGUGGGGUGUAACUCUGUGCUUCAUGGCUUUGCUGGGUACUUUGAGACGACACUCUAUGGAGAUGUAACACUCAGUAUCAAGCCAGAGACCCAUUCUCCUGGAAUGUUCUCCUGGUUUCCCAUUCUGUUCCCACUCAAGCAACCUAUUCCUUUGACGCGGGAUGACGAUGUCAGUGUGAGGUUCUGGAGGUGCAACAAUGGGAAGAAGGUGUGGUAUGAGUGGGCUGUGACCGAGCCCACCUGCUCUGCCAUCCACAACCCAGCCGGACGAUCCUACACUAUUGGCUUGUGAAGACGACAAGCAUCAGACACCUACGAACACACGCACACGCAUACAUACGGACACAUCUAUAAACAGGGCCCUUACUUGUGAUUGAAGAGGAGGUAGUCUUACUCAAGCCCCAAGGAUUGUCUUUUGGAGCCCUCGGCCUGCACAGGUACGGUUCAAAACCUACAACCUUGUCAUGGCAAGGGCUAAUGCAUAAGGGUGGAUUAAAUAUACCUGACUGUGGUGUGCCAGUGGGAAUGAGGGCCUCAACUUUGCAUGGUCAUCAUCCCUACACAAUUGUUUUGGUUUUGUUACAAUGCAGUCUUGGUGUUUGAACAUGGCUUCUUUGAGGUUCCUCAUGUUUUUGUUUUAUUUUACUUGUAUUUUUUUAAGGAUAACUUAGAAUCAGAAAGAGAACAAUUUCACACAGCUAGAAAUUGAGAUGGGGUAUGUAGGCUGUUCUGGUCGUGUGUUUUCUGGUGUUCAAUUCUUUUUGUUACUGUAUCUUUGUCUGAACCAUGUUGAUCAAUAAAAGCAUAACUACAAGGUG